CAUAGCAGCAAAACUUCAGUGGGAACCCCGAACAUGUCUCGAUCAUAUCUGCUCAGUGUUUAUCGCUGCCAACUUAUCCCUUUCAGCCACGGCCGGAACAAAGUCUGCUCGUUCCGCGGCAUCAAGAUCGUGCUCGACUACUUUAAGAACCUGGGCCACCGGUGCACCGUCUUCAUCCCGAGCACUUUCAUCAACCGUGCCCGGACCCAGGAGAAUGAGAAGCUGCUGGAGGAUCUCUACCAGACGGGCGAGCUGGCCUACACGCCCAGCCGCUACAUCCGCGGCCGGCUCGUCACCAGCUACGAUGACAGGUACGUGGUGAUGUACGCCACCCGCGUGGGGGGUGUCAUCAUCUCCCGCGACCUCUACCGCGACGUGGCCCAGGAGCGGCCCGACUGGGGCGACACCAUCGACAACAGGCUGCUGAUCCCCACGUUUGUGGGCGACCAGCUGCUGCUGCCGCCGGACCCGCUCGGCCGAGACGGGCCUGGCCUGCUGGAGUUCCUGAGGUUCCCACCUGGCAGCUGUCAGCUGCUCGGUGACCAGCCGGCGCCCUGGGCCCAGCUGUGACGGCUAGCCGUGACGGUCACCGUGACGAGGUGAGGUACAACUAACGCCCGGCCACGCACAGUGGCCGCCGAGGAGCUCGAGUGAUCUGUUCGCAGGAGUUGUGGCUGAAUGGGAACACUGCCGUAUGGUGCUCCAGUCAGGGAGAUUCGUGCGUACUUGUGUGGAAGACGGGCUGUGAGUGCGCUUACAGGCUUCAGAGACUGACAAAGGCGAGACGAGCUACUUCUAAAGACAGUGGCGAGGUAGGGCCUGUGAUUCCUGAUUUGUCUGAAUGAAGUGCGUUUGUCAAGUUGACAAAAUCGACUGGCGGGUGGCUCAUGGGUAUGGAAUAGGGUACGUCACCAAUUAUAUGGUGAAACUGAAAGUUGAUGAUAAAUCUUGAGCAUGUUCAUUUUUCGGUUCCACUUACUUAGUAGACGCCGCAUACAAAAAAUAACAGUCCUCCCGCAAGUGGAAGUGCUGCCUCAUGGCAAUGCGUUUAUUGGCCAAAAGCUCGAUACAUCGAAAACUUAUGGCGCUCUGAGGAUUUAACAGAAAAUAUUGAAAUGUUAUAAUUCUUGAGCAGGCUGCGGAA